CCGACCUCAUCGCCACAAUCUCCAGAACCACCAUGACGUCGCCCUCCACCGUCCCGUUCCGCACCUCCGACCUGAUCGGCCCACCACCACACAUCGCCACCGACGCCGCCGCCUCACCGGACUGGACGUUGCUCAGCAGGACGGCUCGGCUGUCGGACCACCGGAACGCGUCCACUGCCGAGUGCCACACGCCGGAGGGCCAGCCCGUGGCGGUGUCCUUCUGGCCGGCGGACCCGCCGGGCCUCUCCCACCUCACCGUCCAUUGCCCCGGCCUCGACGCCUCCGACUUCUAUGACAACACCCCGCCCGUCGUCCUCUGCGCCGAGGGGCCCCUCGUGCUCCUCCGCCUCGCCCUCAACUUCCCCGAGUGGAGGUCCGUUCACCUCUUCGUCUACUCCGCCGCCGGGAACGGGGAUAAGAGGCCGUCGCUGCACCUGCUCCCGUGCCCGGACCCCGAGGUCGACGACAUCGGCGGCCACCCCCCGGUCCAGGACUUCGAGGGCAAGGCCCAGCAGCUCGGUCUCCUGCCCUGCGGCGACCGCGGGGGCUACGCCGUGGCCUUGCUCCACCACGGGUGGAACGAGUCCCACGGGCGGACCCGGCAGUACUACGUGUUCGUCUUCUCGUCGGAGACGAACUCGUGGACCAGACGCAAGGCGGCGCCGCUCCACCUGUCCAAGUCCGACCAGGCGCUGUUCGACCGUCACGUCUAUGGCUGCUCCAAGCAGGUCGCCGUGGGAAGGAGCUCGGUGGGCUGGGUCGACCUCGUGUGCGGCAUCCUCCUUGCCUGCAACCUGUUCGACAAACGUCCCGUCGUCAAAUUCAUCCCGUUCCCGGCAUCGAGGGUACCCAUCGCCAACCAGAAAGACGAUGACAACCCUUACUACGCCCCGGAGUACUUCUCCGACGUCGUCUGCUCUGGCGACCUGAUCAAGUUCGUCAAGAUCGACUUCGCCGACCCCGACUGCAGGACCACCGGCAAAAUUAAAAGCUGGAGAGCCACCACAUGGUGCAGGAGGGUAUGUUGGGACGACUGGCGCAGGCGAUGCACCGUUGACGUCGACGACGUCUCAGUCGACCAGAGCUACUCCGCUCUGCUGCCGGAGCUGCUGGACGAGGAGACCCAGGAGCUGGAGCUGAGGAACCUAGAAUUCCUCAUCCCCACGCUGGGCAUGCACGACGACGACCUUCUUUACAUGUUGGCCAGGGAUGGUGGUGGAACAGGCGACGGCACGGCCUGGGUCGUCGCCGUCGACAUGAGACGCGCGGUGAUGGAGGCGUUGGUCCCGGUUUCUACCGAGAUGGGCUACGCCGUCACGAUGUACUGCCCAUGCGCCUUCCCCAAGUACCUCGACGGCGACAUCAUCAUGGCACUAGGUGCAAGCAUGGAGGCUGAAACAGCUGCUGAUAAUUCUGCCGACACAAAUAUUAGCACUAGUAAUCAAAACUUCUCUGAUGAAGAAGAUAGUGACUACCAAGGAGAUCGGUUCUCAGAUUAUUGGUGCGCCGAGUCCCUUGAGGGGUAUGCCUUGCCCUUCUAUGGAGAAGAAGGAGGGCAAGUCUUUUCUGAUGAAGAGGGGAGUGACCAAGGAAAUGGCAUCAGAACUUGGUGCGGCCAGUCCUACUAUGGCGAAGCCCGCUAUGGCUACUGUGAAGAAGAUGAAGGAGGAGGAGACAUGGGCAAUCCGAUGGACAAUGCUGAUGUAUUUGGAGAAUUGCCGCAAUACGUAUCCGAUCCCGACCCCGACCCUCGAGCGAACCGGCGGAAGGAGAAGAAGAAGAUGAGGAGGAGAAAGAAGAAGGAUAACAGGAGGAGAAGCAAGAAGCAGGUGCAGGAGCAGGAGCAGAAGCAUCAUCCCCUGCUGCAGCUUGUGCAGUUUCUGGAUGGCCGGCCGGAGUUGCACCCGAUCUGUUUUGCUGCCUGUGUACUGAUAGCGAUCAUUGUAAGAGAACUUUUGGGUACCAACCCGUGGCAGGCUGGUUGAGCAGAGCUAUGUUUUGUGCAUGAUUGAUGAAAGCUCAAGCUUUUCUGUAAUGCAGCUUUUGCCAGGAAUUGCUUGUGGCUCCUGGGCAACAUGGAGCCUGAAUUUUGAAAAAUCAAAGUUUUGUAGUUUCAAAGAAUUCUGAAACAACACACAUGUAAAUAUGGAUGUAUAAUGCAUAUUUUAGUUUCGUUACGAAAUGCGUUUUUA